AGUCGCAAAUAAAUGUCGUUCUUAAAUUGGUCAAUUCUCUGGCUCAUCUGCGGUGUUGCCACUGCUGCAACACAAACUUGUGAGAUAGUAGAUUCAGGGAUCUACAGCAUAAAAUGCCACGAAUUAAGCAGUCUCGAGGAGAUAAACGAUGUCCCCACAACAAAUCUUCGCGGAUUAGAAAUCAGAAACACGCAAACAAAGCUAACCAUUGGAGCAGCGAAUAGUUCACUGAACAUGCCGCAAUUAUCGUUCCUCGAUCUGCAUGUGCCACGCCUUGAACUUCUCAAUGAAGGCUUCUCCAAUCUCCCCCAUCUGUGGCAUCUCAACAUCUCCGGCUGUGGAGUGGAACAACUGCUGGUCUCUCACUUUCCCACCGAUUGCUUAUUGGGACAGAUCUACGCCAGCGACAAUAAGCUUAGUGUUCUCACAAAGGAUUUGUUGAGCAAAUUUCCCAAUUUGAUUUUUGGUUUUUUCGAAAAUAAUUCUCUAAAUCAUGUAGAGUUGCCAUACAUGGGAUCUCUAAAUAUCUUAGACCUUAGUCAUAACGUUUUGACAACCUUUAACAUCACCUUUGGCAAUUGUCCAUACUUGAAAAAGCUGUACCUCAACAACAAUAAGCUCACUCAAUUUCAGAUUACACUACCUGCAGAAGUUGAUGCCUCCUCAGCAGAGAAGGUGUUUGGACUGGAAAUAUUGGAUCUCUCAAACAACAGCAUAAGUGAGCUUGUCGAAAACCAAUUCGAGUCGCUAGGUGAACUUGUGUGGCUGGAAUUAUCGGGCAAUAAAAUUGCCGUUUUGAAGAGUGCUCACUUCGCAGGCCUGACAUCGUUACGUUUUCUGCAUUUGCAGUCAAACGGUAAAUUGGAACUAAAAGAACACGCCUUUGAAGAACUCAAGCAACUUGAAACGCUCGACUUGUCAUACAAUGGUCUCGAAAUUCUAAGUCCGAAUCUUUUCGGCUACAAAGAGGUGGACAAGCAAGGUCUCUAUGAUUACUUGCCAAUGCCUUACAUGCGUAAGCUUAAUCUAAACGGCAAUAAACUCCAGCAGCUGGACCCUGGCACCUUUGAGAAAUUGCCAGUUUUGGAUACACUCUUGCUCGCCAAUAAUGCAUUGCGUGUGCUUCCCGAGGGCCUGUUUGUUCCUAUACAAAAUCUGAGGGUGCUGGAUAUUCGUCACAAUCAAUUGACAGAGAUUAGCAGCGAUAUUCUGAAGAGUCUAAACAAAGUCAAAGAUCUGUUAAUUAACUACAAUCAGCUGACAUUUCUGCCCGACUUGAAUGAGACGCUGCCUCAUUUGCAGCAUAUAGGCAUUGACGGGAAUCCGUGGGAACGUGACUUUUUUGCCCAAUCGGAGCAAUGGCUGAUCGCAAGAAAGAUACAGUAUCUGAAGGAUGAAGAUUAGGAACUACCCCUCUGAUGAUGCUGAUAAUGAUGAAAUUAAUAAUGGAACUAAGCUAUCCAAUCUGUAUUGUUCUCUUUUAAGGCUUUCUUUCAAGA